CCCCUUGCCGAUCCGCUGCCUUGGCUCUCUGUGAAACGCGCGAAAGCCAGAGCACAGGACUUUUCUGACGCCGCCGUUUCUCUCGCCCUGCCCCCUCUCGCGACUCGCGCUCUACGCCAACUGCCUCCUCCUUUCGCUCCCACUUGCGCCUCCUCUUCACGCGAUCCGAUCGUUCGGUGCCGACGGGUGGCUGUAAUACCUAAGACUCCCCCCUCCCUCGUCUCCUCCUUCGCUAUAGGCGCUCUCGGACAGCCGAAACACAGUCAUAGACAUCAUGACGAACUCGCUGGAGUCCUCGCGCCCCAUCCUAGCCAGCUCGACCGGCAACCGCGCCUCAACCCGCAUGUCCACCUACAGCUCUGCGCCGACCCUCACGCCCUCAAUUGCGCCCUCGCACCUCUCCAACGCUUCCUCGACCGCCGGCGACCCCAAGGCCCAGGAGAUCAAGUCAUGGAAUGAGGGACUGGAACGCCUGGAGGACAAGCGCCUCGCGUCGCAGCGAUACAUAAUGAGCAACGACAAGGUCGACAACAUGAGCAAGCUCGCGCUCGGCGCGAAACUCGACCGCGCCCUCGCACGGCGCAUGUCCGGCCAGGACGCCGUCUUCCGGCCGAAAGUCAUCAACGAGAAGAAGGUGAAUGCAUGAGCGGUCAGGCAUAUCGAUUCUUCAUAGCGGUUCAGUCAUCCAUCACUUUCGGCAGCUAGCUGUUCGCAGCAUGAUGUAGUUACGGUUUCAGUCAUCCAGCGAGAUAUCCUUCAUUGCGGAGUGCGUGGGCUUUCGGGGCGGGAAAGCGAACAGGCUGUGGUGUCAUCAUCAGCCUCACGUCGUUGAAUCUGGUCGAAGCGUCGCAGCCACAGCAGAACAGGCGGCCAUAUAAUGGGGUGUCGACAGGCAGCAUGGUUCGCAGUGGUUUACCUAAGCAUUGGG